AUGCAAAGCAAGGAUAUCCAGGAGCGAAAUCGUAUGCAGAGUGGCGAGGUGCAACUGGAGAUGCGUCAGCUCAGAGAUGAGCUGAAGAGGUGCCAGGACGAGCUCUCCAGUAGCCAGGCCGAGUUUCGGACGCUCUCCAUGCUCUACGACAAGGAGCAGCGCGAGAACUACCGCCUGCGGCAGGAAAGCCAGCAACAAAGUGAGAUGGCCUCCGGUCGGCACGAGGCCAUUGGAUUGGAACCUGUUGCCAGCGACGUGGCAAAUCAGCAUCCCACCCUCACUUCAGCGGACUACUCCAUGGACACCACCGUAGCAACCGACAUCCUGCCAGUGUCCGUGGCUUCUCCGGAGCGCGCCCACGAGGCUGCGACAGCGAGCAACAGCAACUCUGUCGCGAUGGUGGUCGAAGAGAGCCAGCAGAAGCCCUACUACGCCGUUACUACGCCGUUUUACGUCGAAUAUGUGUUGUACCCCACCGAAGCAAUUAGAUUCAUCGUUGAGCCAGCAGUGUUGAAUGCGUUCACCUAUUUGCUGCUGGUGCACUCAGGGCAGCAGCUGGAGCGCAGCUGCAGGAGCGGCGUGUGUCUGCGUAAAGUUGGAAUUUACAGGGGCCUUGCAUCUUUGGCGGGGGGAUGCGGGGGGUUUUGUUGUCGCAAGUUGCUGUGCUCAGCCGAUGGCCUGCAAGACGAAACUGUCGGCGAGGUCGCCGGCAUUCCAGCACCGCUGCCGGCACCCUCAGCCGCAGUGAAGCAGGUGGGCAUGAAGAUCAAGUCCACAGCCAGGUCCCAAGACCUUGAGACCUUGAAGCGCGUACGUCCCAAGCGGUACUCGUAG